UGUAUAUACAGUUAGCAUUAGUAAGCGCCGUGUCUUUUAACUACCACCUCAUUUCAGGAAUAACGACCAUAUGAUCAUUUUUACGCUUCACUUACAAAUUCAUAGCAACUCAAUUUGAUCACUUCCAAUGUUCCUUCUAAAGACAUGGAGAAAGACUGCUUUUGGGGUUUAUGGGUAUCUCAAUUUCACCAAAUCUGGAUUCAUGGAGCAUUCCAAGAGUUUCAAACCAGAAGAUAUGCAGAUUAGUUUGGAAGGGAAGAAUUGCAUAGUAACAGGAGCAAAUUCUGGCAUUGGUUAUGCAACUGCUGAGGGCCUUGCUUCAAGAGGGGCAACUGUAUAUAUGGUAUGUCGCAACAAGGAGAGGGGGGAAGCUGCCCUCUCUAAUAUUCAGUCAACAACAGGCAACCAAAAUGUUCACUUGGAGGUUUGUGAUCUUUCAUCUGUUAGCGAGAUCAACUCUUUUGCAUCCAAAUUGGCUUUAAAACAAGUGCCAGUUCAUGUUCUGGUUAACAAUGCUGGUUUACUUGAGGAUAAACGAGUUACAACAUCAGAAGGAUUUGAAUUGAAUUUUGCUGUGAAUGUGUUGGGCACUUAUGCAAUGACAGAACUAAUGGUGCCUUUGUUGGAGAAAGCUGCACCUGAUGCUCGAGUUAUUACAGUUUCCUCAGGUGGAAUGUACACAGCUCCAUUGACCACAGACCUACAGUUUAAUGAUGGGAAAUUCAGUGGACUGGAACAAUAUGCUCGAAACAAGCGAGUGCAGGUGGCAUUAACUGAAAAGUGGGCUGAAAUGCACAAGGACAAAGGAAUCUCAUUCUACUCGAUGCACCCAGGUUGGGCGGAGACGCCAGGAAUAGCUAAAAGCAUGCCUAGUUUUAGUAAUUCGUUGUCAGGAAAACUAAGAACAAGUGAAGAAGGUGCGGACACAGUCCUGUGGCUAGCUUUACAGCCCAAGGAAAAGCUAGAAUCAGGUGCAUUUUAUUUUGAUAGAGCUGUAGCCCCUAAACACCUAAUGUCUGCAGCUACCAGCAGCUCGCACACAGUAAUCGACAGCAUUAUCAGCAAUCUCCAUUCAAUCGCUACACUUGCUUCUUGAAGUGAGAAUUAUUUAAAUGUCGUCUUCCAUAUUUAAAAGUUUAUCAGAAUUUUAAUGUUUUCUUUCUCUUUUCCUUUCUGCGAACUAGCAGGCUGGGAACCAUAACUAGGUCUUACGAACUUUUCCAAGCUUAUAUUGUAACUCUAAAGAUGUUAAUUGUAAGGAUACUAGUACUGCUCAGUCGAUAACAACAUAUCUAGUACUGCUCAAAUUAAAAUAGAAGUUGCUCCUGAAUACAUUCUAAUUCAGUCCA